CAUUGGCUACCAUGAGUUCCGGUGCGCUGUUGCCGAAACCACAGAUGCGUGGUCUUCUGGCCAAGCGUCUGUGGGUUCAUAUUGUCGGCGCAUUCACUGUGGCCCUGGGAGUUGCUGCUGCCUAUAAGUUCGGUGUGGCUGAGCCAAGAAAGAAGGCGUAUGCAGAUUUCUACAGGAAUUAUGACUCUAUGAAAGACUUUGAAGAGAUGAGGAAGGCUGGUAUCUUUCAGAGUGCGAAGUGAUUUCAGAAUGCAAAGAAUUCUUUGGACUGUGCUCCAUAGAACUUCAUGCUGACCUGUGUUCCUGAACUAUGAAACAUGACUAUGUGGACUAAGGAGUAGUUCUCUCUCAAUAAACAAUAAUUAUAUGGGGAAAAA